ACCGCCUCCAGGGACACCCUGAACCGGGAAGCCUCUGUCCCCUGCCCAAGCAUGCAUCUCUACGGGCCCCAGGAGCUGCUGGCUGGGCCGUGCCCCUCGGAGCAGCAGAAGCAGCUGAAGAAGAAGCAGGCGAGCCGCGUGGCGGCCCAGCGCAGCCGGCAGAGACACACGGACAAGGCGGACGCCCUGCACCAGCAGUACGAGUCCCUGGAGAAGCACAACCUCGCACUGCGAAGGGAGAUCCAGGCACUACGGGACGAGCUGGGCAGGUGGAGCCGGACCCUGCAGGAACACGAGUGUCUGUGCAUCUCGGACUGCACUGCCCACGCACCUCCGCUGCCCCUGGACUGCUGGGGCCGCGCUGAGCAGACCCCUGGCCCCGCACCCCUCGGACAGCACUGCAGCCCAGAGCAACAGCCGGGCCUGUUCCCCGCACCCCCAGUCUCCUCGGCUCCCCGCCGGCAGCCCCACAGCGCCCCCAGCCUCCUCCUGUCCCCUCCGCCCUCACUGUCCCUCGGCCCUGCCGACCGGACACCUCCCCCUGCCCAGCCGACCUCAGCCAGCGGCGCCGGCCAGCUGAGCCCAUUCUCCGAGCUCAGUGCCCUUUUGCCCUGCCUGGCGGCCCCUCCACAGCCCCUGGAGCGGAAGCAGCCGCUGGGGGUGAGGUCGGGGGCCUCCCCCUUCCGCCCUUCGGUGACUCCGGAGCUGACAGCCCUGCAGGACCCCCAGCACCCCGUGUCGGCGGCUGCAUGCUGGCUGGAUGAAGACCCGGGCCCCCAGCUCCUCCUGGCUUUUCCCCUGCUCUCCUCUGCUCAAGUCCACCUCUGA